ACUUUAGUUAUAUAAACCAGGUAUUUUUCAGGCUGAACCGUACUAAUUAAAAUCUAAGUGGGAUUUGAGAGACUAGCAGCUGCUUGGAAAUGAUUUCAUGUUGAUGCCAGCUACCUGGACGCUGGAAAGCAGUUUUGAGUUUUGCAGUUGGUUAUUUGGUUUAAGAACCCUGUAGGGUGGGGAUGUCUCCAUGUGAAGGUGAGCAGGUUGAAAAGGUCAGGUGUCAUACUCAGGAUAACACAGCGGGGUCAAAUCUAGAAGCUUUCAGUCCUAGAAUUUUCUUAAACGCUACAGCUUCCUAUUCCCUGAAGGUAAGUGCACAUCAGAGGAUUCCUUAGGUGCUUUUGGCUAACGUUGGAAUUCCAUUCACCCCAGAGCCACACUCAGUUGGAGUCUGUCUGUGCUUGGGAUGGAAGGCUGGAUUCCAGCUUUGUGGAGGAACACUGGACGCUGCAGUGGUUCCUGGAGGUGCACUCCUGACCCUCCUCUCCUGCAGGUGGUCCCCACAUUCCAGAGGCCAGGGCCCCACACUCACCCAUCCCUGGAUUCCAUGACCCCUGCAUAGGGUGUAUACAGUGGACCCUGGGGGAGGUUAAAGAGACUUGAAUUCUGGCUUUUCUGGGCCCUGGGAACCCUUUGGGAUGCCUGAGUGUGUCUCUCCUGCCGCCAGCCUGGCUCCCACCAUGAGUGCCGAGCUCAACGUGCCUGUGGACCCCUCCACUCCUGCCUGCCCUGAGCCCGGCCACAAGGGCAUGGAUUACCGGGACUGGGUCCGCCGCAGCUACCUGGAACUGGUCACCUCCAACCACCACUCCGUGCAGGCCCUUUCCUGGAGGAAGCUCUACCUGAGCAGGGCCAAGCUGAAGGCCUCCAGCCGGACCUCCGCCCUCCUCUCGGGCUUUGCCAUGGUGGCCAUGGUGGAGGUACAGCUGGAGACACAGUACCAGUACCCGCGGCCACUGCUUAUCGCCUUCAGCGCCUGCACCACGGUACUGGUGGCCGUGCACCUGUUCGCCCUGCUCAUCAGCACGUGCAUCCUGCCCAACGUGGAGGCGGUGAGCAACAUCCACAACCUCAACUCUAUCAGCGAGUCACCGCACGAACGCAUGCACCCCUACAUUGAGCUGGCCUGGGGCUUCUCCACCGUGCUAGGCAUCCUGCUUUUCCUGGCCGAGGUGGUGCUGCUCUGCUGGAUCAAGUUUCUGCCAGUGGAUGCACGGCACCAGCCCGGCCCCCCGCCCGGCCCUGGCGGCCACACGGGCUGGCAGGCUGCCCUGGUCUCCACCAUCAUCAUGGUGCCUGUGGGUCUCAUCUUCGUGGUCUUCACCAUCCAUUUCUACCGCUCGCUGGUGCGCCACAAAACUGAACGGCACAACCGCGAGAUCGAGGAGCUGCACAAGCUCAAGGUGCAGCUGGACGGGCACGAGCGUGGCCUGCAGGUGGUGUGAACGUGCGCGCUCCUGGGCAGGGCCAGUGCGGCAUCCAGAGGGACCAGAAAGUGCCCGCCUGAUGGGGAAUUUCAGAAAUGCAGACAAAUGCAGAUUGCUGACAAGGCUGCCUAGGCACUGCCAGACAGUUCCAGACCAAAGUUAACUUCUGUCUUAAUGCUGUCAAACCCAGAUCAUUUUCCUGCAGAAGGUGGAAAUCCUUAGCUAAAUGAGCAACCCUGUUGCUAAGAGCUCAGAGGUCUCUGGCCCUGGGGACUUCCUAAGAUAGGAGACUAGGCUUCGAGUACCACCAGGUGGUCAGUGGCGGUCACCUCUGGGACCUGGAGUGAGUGGCCACUGAGCCAGGGAGGCUGGCAGAGGCCUGGAGAGUUGGAGCAGUGCUGUGAGUGCAGGGAAGGGAUUGCCCCAUGACACCUGAGCUGGGCUGUGGCAGCCAGGGGCAUGUCUGACGGCACCACCCUGCUGUGAUUAGAAGGCGCAGGAUGACAGCUUGGCCUGGUGCUUCCCUCCCGGCCCCCAAGAAGCCUAGCUUGUUGGGGGAAGGCAGGAGCCUAGGGCACAGGUCAGGCCCACAGGUGCGGUGGGUGCUCAGCCGGCGGCAGACUUGGCAGGCCCUGGGGGAGACAUCCAAGGGUGGAGGCCUGCAGGGUCACGGAGGCGUGCAUCCUGGCUGAGGCGCCUACUUGAGGUGGCUGUUAACUGAGGCAGUGCUCUGAAGCACACUGUGCUCAAGUUCUCUCUCCCCAACUAGCCUAGAGCCCUGGCCACACUGACCUAGAAAGGCUACCAGGUCAAGGAAAGGGCCUAAAGUCCAGUGGCCUCCACCUCUUGGUAACAGAAUGCCCUGAGCCUAGUCAGCUGCCCCUCUGGGCUGCAGCCGCAGGCCAGGGCACUCCCUCAGGCUGCAGAGCCUGCCCAUCUCCCUGAUGCUGUGGUCCCAGGCAGCAGGGAGGGGGCAGCCUGGGGGACCUCCUGUCCAGACAAGGCCAUGGCCUGGCCUGGUCCGUGGGUGGUGGUGUCAGGGGCCAGCCCUGGCCGAAUGCAGGUCGCACCCAUAGUGACACAGAACAAUGGCAGGGGAGGUGAGGCCCUGCGCAGUGCUCCCUUCCUGGGCCCCAGGCCGCGUGCACAGGCCCGUGACACUGUUAGGCAGCCACAAGCAGCCUGGGUUUUGGUGUUUUCAAGAAGGGCAUCUGGUAGACCUGAGCCCAUGUUCUUGGGCGGAACACAUACACACUACAGCUCAGUUUGUGUGAGCUUGCCGCGCCCUGAGCUACUUUUAGGAACCACAUUUUACCACGUUGGCCAGCAGCCACUGGAGGAGGGUGCCUUUCCUUUUGUUUCCAGUCAUUGGACUUAAUGCUGUGAUGGCAUUUCUAUCCACAGCCUAAUGUCUCUGUAGGGUCUACAUUGUCUGUGCCAAAAAAUCCUGGCUGGCCUGGCUGGGGUUUCUGGGACCAUGACAUACUGUUGGGAACAUUAACUUUGACACAUAACUCUGAAAUGCUGAGAAUCACCGGUGUAAGUCAUGGCAUUUACAAGCAGCCCAGACAUCACGUCCUGCAGGGCUGAAGAAGAGCCCGGGCGUCUCCCAAAGGGCAUGUCCCUCGCAUCCUCUGCAGACGUCUGUCGUGACUUGCUUGCUCCCCAGUGCACGUCUCUCCUCUCCCGAAGCCUUGUUGAAAAGGCUCGUCUGGUUUAGUAUGUGUUUGCUUUGCAAAAGAAUGUCAGCAUCACUGCAAGACAGCCAGUUUGUGUCCUGGCAGGGACAAGACAGGCUGAUUCCUCCCCACAGCUGGGAGGGGCAGCAGGCCGUUCCUCUGGCCUGAACCUUUUGAGAGGGGCCUUGUUGGGCCCACUUCUGCCCACUUUCCCAGGCCAUCUGGUGCCCCUGCCCCAUGUUCCAGACCCAAGGAGUGGUGAGCUAGAGGCCAGCUCGGUCCAGGGUCAGACACUAGGUGCCCACUACCAGUGCCGCAUGGGUAGGAAAGAUGCCACAUAUCACAUUUCAGACACUGAUUAGGAGAAUAACAUUCUUAUUCUUUUCAUCUAGCGUACUCUCUCAGCCCCAGCCUUGCUAGUUCCUAGAGGCAUGGGGCAGAGAAUUUCUGCGGGAACAGAGCGGACUGUGGGCCUGGGGAUUGGCGACCAGGGGGCACAACCUCAGGGCGGUCCCAGAGCUUCCUCUGGGGCUGGAGAACAAGCUGCUACUCAGAGCUGCGGCAACACCUCAGCAGGGCAGUCUGGGGAGGAGGAGGGCAAAUCACAGGCUAGAGACUUGGUUUCUGGAGGUUCAACCUGACUGCGAAGGGGGUUCCAAGUACAGUGGCCUCUCCACGGUGAGAGGCGCCAUGGGCCACGUCGGAGCCAGCGCGGGCUUGCCCAACUCUCCUCUGAGCCUUCCUGGUGCUCCUAACACAAAUGCCCGCACAUACGCUGAGGCCCUUUCCAAAGUGGAACACGGUCUCCAUUUAGUACCUGACCAGAAGUUUCAAAACUCAAGGGUUUCUAUUUUAGACAAGCGGCCAGGGCAGAAUGUAUUUCAAUGUCUUCUAGGAAGGUCUGUUGAGGAUAACACCGUGUGAGCCUGAGUGGAUCGGGCUCAUCUGCAGCUGUUCCCUGUCUUGUGCUGAUCAAUUCAUCAUGCACGGCAUCAUGGAGGCAAUGUGUGGUAUGCACACCCCGUCCCGUGUAUGGAUUUUUAAAACAGUCGCCCUGGAUUGAACUGAAUAAACAAGUCCAACUAUGAA